GGCAUCUUCUCCUCCGGCGAUCCUGCCCUGCGGCUGGGCCAGCACUCCGGCGGCCGCAAGGAUUAGUCCAAUGGCGAGGGUCAGCUUCAUGGCACUUCGCUUGUUUCACUUUUGAUGGGCUCGCAGCGAUGGCUUUUGACCAUUCGCAGACUCGCCGCCGACCGACCAUGAUCUUGCGAACGCCACUCGUUGCCGGGCACCAGUUGCAGCUGCAGCUGCGGCUGCUCCUGCUGCCCUCCGUCCUGCUCAUCCUGCUCCAUCUGCUGCUCUGCGAUGCCAAGACGGUCAAUCCCGGUGAUGCCAUGCAGAUGCAGCACCACCAGAUGACCGCGGAACCGGGACUGCCGGAGCCCAGGGCCUACAUGCCGGAUGCCCAGCACCUGGACUUUGUCUACCACGAUCACGAGGAGCUCACGAGGUUCCUCAGAGCCACCAGUGCGAGGUACCCCAAUCUCACUGCCCUGUACUCCAUCGGCAAGUCCAUCCAGGGACGUGACCUUUGGGUGAUGGUGGUCAGCUCGUCGCCAUAUGAGCACAUGGUGGGCAAGCCGGAUGUGAAGUAUGUGGGCAAUAUCCAUGGAAACGAGCCCGUCGGCCGGGAGAUGCUGCUCCACCUCAUCCAGUACUUUGUGACCAGCUACAGCUCGGAUCAGUACGUCAAGUGGCUGCUGGACAACACACGGAUUCACAUACUGCCCACAAUGAAUCCGGACGGAUAUGCCGUUUCCAAGGAGGGCACAUGCGAUGGUGGCCAAGGAAGAUAUAAUGCGCGUGGUUUCGAUCUGAAUCGCAACUUCCCCGACUACUUCAAGCAGAACAACAAGCGGGGUCAGCCGGAAACGGAUUCCGUGAAGGAUUGGAUAUCCAAGAUCCAGUUCGUGCUCAGUGGCAGCCUGCAUGGUGGCGCCCUGGUGGCCAGCUAUCCGUACGACAACACGCCGAACUCCAUGUUCCAGACCUACUCGGCGGCGCCAUCGCUGACGCCCGACGACGACGUGUUCAAGCACCUGUCCCUGGUCUACGCCCGCAACCACGCCAAGAUGUCCAGGGGCGUUGCCUGCAAGUCGGCGACGCCGGCCUUCGAGAAUGGCAUCACCAACGGUGCCGCCUGGUAUCCGCUGACCGGCGGCAUGCAGGACUACAACUACGUGUGGUACGGCUGCAUGGAGAUCACGCUGGAGAUAUCCUGCUGCAAGUUCCCGCCAGCCUACGAGCUCAAGAAGUACUGGGAGGAUAAUCAGCUGUCGCUCAUCAAGUUCCUGGCCGAGGCGCAUCGUGGAGUCCAGGGAUUCGUGUUCGAUCCGGCGGGCAUGCCCAUUGAGCGAGCCUCCAUCAAGAUCAAGGGACGCGACGUGGGCUUCCAGACCACCAAGUACGGUGAGUUCUGGCGCAUCCUGCUGCCGGGCUACUACAAAGUGGAGGUCUUUGCCGAGGGCUUCGCUCCUCGCGAGGUGGAGUUCGUGAUCGUGGAGCAGCACCCCACGCUGCUGAAUGUGACACUGCAGCCCUCGAAGUAUCUGAUGGCCACGGGCGCAUCCACCUCCACGAAAUCCUCAACUGUGAAUCGCCGCGUCAGUGGAAAGUUGCAGCUGUCACCGGAAUAAUGGAGAUCCGAUUGCUUGGCUGUGGCUGGCGUGUAAAUAAUAGCUAAAUUGGCUUAGACCUAGGAAAUGCUACGCAACUAACCCACUAAAACACCAUUGAACAUCUCACACUCAGCUCAAGUUUUCUGUUUUGGUUUUUAGUUAGUCUCCAUUGCAAUUGAGUUUAAUUUAACGUUAAUUUUCCAAAUUAAAAGAAAAGUUUAAAGGUUUGAAAAUUCGCUUGAGUAAAAUAUAAAAUUUAAAAUAUGUACCUAAAUUACCUCUCGCUUAUCUACAGUUUAUUUUUUCAAAUAAUUGAGUUUCAUUUUGGUUUAACAAAUCCCAGACAGCAGUUGACAAAUAAUAACACUCUUAAAGAUUAAGACCUUUGCUGGUAAAAGGUUUAUUAUUAAAUAUAAUGGUUGCAAAACCUAUUACCUUCAAUUACCCAUGUGCACCUACGCAUAACAUCUUGUUGACUUCACAGCGCUUGGAGGGCAUUGGGCCCAUGGGUCCCGGCGGAGUGGCAGUGGGUGGUGGGGUGGGUCCCGGUGGGCUGUACCGCCCGAUCCCGGCGCCCCAGCAUUACCGCCCACCUGUGCCGCCCUACGCGGGCGCCGCCUCCAGCG